AAAGGCAAACAUUUUAUUUUAAAUAAUUUCAGUCAGCUGUUUCCCUCUCAAAAAAGAGCCGGUUUCCAACACUAGCUUUUCAGUCGGUGCAUUGGUUUUCAUUUCAUAAUUCGCCAAGCGGAAUAAAUUAAAUAAUUACACGAAAUGGAGCUAUCCGAGGGAGUCAAGGAGCGACUGGGUGUUGUUGUGGAUGCCGUGCAGACUGGAUUUCAUUGGGGUUUCGUUCCUCUUGUCCUGUAUUUGGGCUUCAUGAAGGGAGCCGAGCCCGGAAUGCCGCCCCUAAACGUUUUCAGCUUGUUGUGGCAAUAAAAACUACCAACCGACAAAGACGUGGCCUGCCUGCAUUUUGGUUCUGAUUGGAUUUCUUGGCACAUGUGCAGUACCUGCAGUUAUUGGAAAUAAAUUUCUGUUACUAAAAA